AUGACGAGCGCUUCAGAGCUAUUCCACAACAGGAGGCACCGAUUAGUACGCAAUGAUCUCGAUUCAUCUUUCCACUCUUCACCUUCUCCCGACUUCCAUAACCACCGCUUCCACGACUCCGACGACGAUGAUUCUCUCCGUAUCCGCCGUCACUACAACGUCCGCCGCAUCCGUCAUCCGGAGCGUGCUUCGGAUAGAUUUGAUGCGAGGUAUCGUCGGUCUCUGUUUCAUGAUAACUUUGAUUCUGGAGAAAGUGUGAGAGGAACUCCGAGUGCGAGUGGCGGUAACAGAUUGCCGGUAGGUGUGAGACUUGCGCGAGAAAGACUCCUUCAGAGGUUGAGAGGAGAGCCUGUAGAUAGAAACAGGCACUAUGAUAGAGAUCCAAUCGACGAGGAUCAAGAAAGUGAGUUAUCAAUUGAACUUCCAACCGAGGACUCUUUAAUUACUGACUUGACUUCUCAAAUGGCAAGGUUCCAGCUCUUGCAAGAAACAUCCUCAAAGCCACCUGGACUCACCCAGGAGGCCGUGGAUUGUUUGCAUCUUGAAGUUUUUAGCAGCAGUAAUACGGAAUCAGAAUCCAGGAUACUGCAAGAUUGUGGGAUAUGCUUGGAAUCUUUCGCAGAUGGAGAUAAACUAAUCCAUUUGCAAUGUGGACAUAAAUUUCACUCUGCUUGUUUGGAUCCUUGGAUUCGCAGUUGUGGAGACUGCCCAUACUGUCGCCGAUGUAUAGUUGUAAGUAAUCGGUCUCCAAAGAAUGAAGCUGUGUAG